CAUAAGUGGAGCGCGGAGGGAAGCACGAAGAGAGAGAGAGAGAGAAGAAGCAACUAAGCGUGCGCCACAAGCCACCUCUGUUUCACCUUCGCCCGCAAAACCCUAAUAGCCUCCCUCUUCCUCACAUCGUCCAGAUCUCUUCUCCGAACACAGAUUAUUCCUUGAAUCUUUGUUUUCCGACCCUGCUCCUCUCCCCUCGUUCCAAUGGUCGCCGACUCGCAAAUCUAAAUCUGAUCUCUUGUUUUCCGCGUUCGUUCGCUGGACUGCGUCUCAAGAUCUGGUUUCUUUUAGCUGCAUUAUCUGGUCCCGAUCUGGCUGAUCCGAGGAUCGGUGCUUGUGUUUGAUUUUUGGGUCACUUGGGACCUCCUUCGUUCGAUUCUUUAAGGGAUUCUGAGGUGAUAGGAAUUGGAUCUGGGAUUAUGCAUCUGAUUUAGAGGCCGUGGCGAUGGCGGCGUCUGGUAACGCGGUGGUGGAGUCGGAGCCAAUGCAGUUCCCGAUGGGCGGUGGUGCCGGGGAGGCGCCGCGGCAGUGGUAUGUUGAUGAGAGGGACGGAUUUAUCUCGUGGUUGAGGGGAGAAUUCGCGGCGGCCAAUGCGAUCAUCGAUCUGCUGAUCCAUCACCUCAGGGUCGUCGGGGAACCCGGAGAGUACGACCAUCUUGCGGGCUGCAUCCACCAGCGGCGAUUCCAUUGGACGCCCAUCCUCCAUCUGCAGCAGUACUUCCCGGUGGCCGACGCAAUGUACGCACUGCAGCAGGUGGAAUGGAGGCAGCGGCAGCAGAACCUGCAGAGGCAUUCCUAUGGCCCAAAAGAGAAGGACGGGAGAAAGUCCGGAUUUGGGCAUAGGUAUGGACAUCGAUCCAAUGGAGUUCGAGAUAGCCAUGGAUCGCCUGCACCUGGUGCAGCUACAUCUGACGGUGGGAUCGCGGAUGGGAGGGAGGAUAAGCCGGAAACAUACAAGGACCCGACCCAAAAGAGUGAUGCCCAAACAUCAGAGGCGAAGGAUUCACCAACUCAAGCUGAGAGUGAUGGAAUAUGCGAUGUACCCAGCUCGAAGUCAUAUUGCAGCCUAAAGGACGGAGGAAACCCCGUUGAGACAAACCCUGAUGAGUCAGAACCUGCUAUAGUAGGAGAUAGCCAAGCCUUAGAUUGUAGAGGAACUUGCAAUGGUUCUGUCAAUGGUGAUUCAGAUAUUACUUCAAAUCAAGACGAAAAUCAGAAAGCCAUUUCAAUGCCAAAGGAAUUUUUGGCCAAAGAAAUAAGUGAUGGCAUGAUGGUUAAUGUUGUUGAAGGACUGAAGCUUUAUGAAGAUUUGCUGGAUAGCUCAGAGAUCACCAGACUUGUUUCACUAGCCAAUGAAAUGAGAGCUGCUGGUCAUAGAGGAGAACUCCCAGGACAAACACUUGCAAUACUGAAAAGGCCAAUGAGGGGGCAUGGAAGGGAAAUGCUUCAGUUUGGCAUUCCCAUUAGUGAGGGACCUGCAGAAGAUGAAAACACAACUGUGACCUCUGGAGAAAGAAGGGUUGAGGCCAUUCCUAGCUUACUACAGGAUGUGUUUGAUAACUUGGUUCAGCUACAAGUUUUGCCAGUUAAACCUGAUUAUUGCAUUAUUGACUUCUUUAAUGAGGGGGACCAUUCACAACCUCGAACUUGGCCUCCUUGGUAUGGAAGGCCUGUCUGUAACUUAUUAUUGACCGAGUGCGAUAUCGUAUAUGGCCGAGCAGUAGAAUCAGAUCACAGGGGAGACUACAAUGGUUCUCUGAAGCUCUCGCUCACUGCAGGGGCUCUUCUCGUGAUGCAAGGGAAAAGUGCAGAUCUAGCCAAACGUGCUAUCCCUGCCCUCCGCAAGCAGCGAUUCCUUUUAACAUUUGGAAAAUCCCGACCAAAGAAUACUCUACCAACUGUACAUCCUGCCUCAGGCCUAUCAUCAGUUAGGUCACCAAAUUUCUACCGUCAUCCAUCAGGUCGUAAGUACUAUGGAGACAUCCCCACUACUGGAGUCCUACAAGCGCUGCCAUUCCAUUCUCAAAACAUGCCACCUCCAAAUGGAGCCCAACCGGUGUUUGUGACACCUCCUGUGGUAGCUUCUGCAGCUGUGCCUUACCCUACACCUACUAUGAUGGCACCUACAACGGCUGGAUGGACGGUGGCAGCUCCUCCUAGGCACACAGCUCCUCAAGUCCCUGUUCCUGGCACUGGAGUGUUCCUUCCCCCUGGAUCUGUUCAUUUGCCUCCAUCUCAACAAUUUUCAGUGGCUCCAAUCUCGGUUGCAGCUAGCUAUACUCCACAUACAUUUGCAUCACCUGAGAGCAAUGGGGUGGAGAAACCAAGUUGUAACAAUGAUGCUUCUCCAAAGAUCUCUCCGAAGACCUCUCCAAAUAGUAUUACAGAUUUGACUGGGCCUAAGCUGGAAAACAAUGGAUGCUUGAGCGCUGGUAAUGCUGCCCCUGAUGAAGAACAACAAGCCGUUGCCAAGAAGUUUGUGAACAAGCUCACAGAAAAUGUUGCCAAGUCAAUGAACGAAUAGAGACAGAAGAGGGUGAGAAAAAAAGCUCUUUUUGAGCACCAGCCAGAUGGUCAGGAAAUUGCAAAGGUAUUUUUGGAGCAAAUGUAAAGAGCGGCACAGGAAUCACUAAAUCACCUCUUAUCCUUUUUUGCAUGUUAAGAAUUGAUCAAACCUUUCUUUUAAGUUUUGUAGUGUUUUUGGGACUUUUUGUUUUAUAUUCAACUGUUAAACUUGCACUACUGACUUAUAGCAAAUGAUGGCAUCUUAAACUUA